AUGAUCAAGCCUAGGCCUUUUACCACCACUUUUAUCUUACUUUUGCUUAAAACUGCAAAUAUUAACGCUAACAGUUGCUCCCCGAAGAAUUACGAUGUCGUUAGAGAAGGGGGUUCAUCGUUACCCAGUGGUGAAAUAAUAUCGAGACACAACGUAACAUCUUCGGUGGUCAUGUUGGAAUGUCACACUCACUGCAAAGACGAUGAAAAAUGUGUUGGUUUCAACUACAGAACAACAAAAAAUGUUGAGAAUUGUCAACUGACCAACGUCACCAACAACAGAGGCGACUCAAACAAACGAGAUUGGAUAUUGCCGUGGGAUGCUGAAGAGAUUGAAUCAGUAAAAUUAUUCUGUGACAUGAAAGCUGAUGGAGGUGGCUGGACUCUGGUUAGCAACCUUGUUCUGAAUCAGCCUAGAGGAAUGGAUUGGUCCCUGGGAAAUGAUUAUCAACAAAUUAGUGAAUACGAAACCCGAAAGCUUGCUCUUUCAACGUAUGUUCUUCAUGUCUUGAGAUCGAAAAUGUCGUUCAAUCAACUCAGAUUUUUUUGUCACAAAAAGAAUCCGGGACGAGUCUUUGAUAUCGCUACGAAUAAAACCAACAAUCUUGGCCAAGAAGUUAUUAAGUAUUUUACUGCUCAGACAAACACCCUCCCCAAGAGCUAUGGAUCUUAUUAUCGUUUACCCGAUGACAAUUCAAUGCUGGCCAGUCAGUGUUCUCAGUGGGGUCGUGAAUGGGGAAAAUUCAAAGUUAAUAAAUGGCAUCAUAGUGGAUAUCAUGUCCAAGAUCGUUUAUUCGAUCAUACAGCGUUUGUUCCUGCCAAAUUUUACUGGUUAAUUGAGAAAUCAGGUGGUCGCUGGGAAUGCGAUGAUUUCAAAUACCCAGCAUCGAAAAAUGACUUUUGGAAAAUUUUUGUUCGCUGA